AGAAGGGCGUCAGGAGCCCGGCCGAGCCCCGGACCCGAGCCGACCCCAACCCGACCCCGCUCCGACCCGGUCACACGGCCUCCCGCUGGGAGGUACAGGGGGUGCGGCUGCCCGCAAGGCCCUGCGGACGCGGGGCACCGGGUGCCCUCCUGGGUCCGCUCCCGCGGCGACGGUGCCCUGAACAUGGGACAGCGCGGGCGCCCCGUCGGUCCGGCGGAAGGUGCUCCGACUGGGCCGGAUUUUCACAGCCGCAGCUGAAGCACCGAGACCGUAAAGUUAGAACCGAAUUGUCUUUAAUGCAGCAGGAAGCUUAAGGUCAGAUUUACUUCCCAGCACGGUCGCCUGCCAGAAAGUAUAAAAACGUAACCCUCGGCGCCGGCUGCGCGCCCCUCCCGAGCCCCUCCCGAGCCCCUCCCAUCCUUCACGCGCCGCGGCCCCGCGGGGUGGGACAUUCAUCAGACACGCGCCGUAAUUUACAAAGGCAGCAGAAAAUUGUGGAUUUCCAUCCGCAUAAUCUCGAGACAGAUAAACAAAUUACAGCCGCGCGCUCGUCACCGCGGCUCCCGGGCGCCGCCGCCAGCCCGCCACCCUCCGUGUUUCCGGGCUGGGGAAGCAGAACGGAACAUGAUGACGAGGUAACCGAGCGUAGCAUGAUGGAUGAGGCCGCGGAGCCGCUCGCGAGGCGCGUCUGCUCCGACUGUAACGCCCGCCGCCGCCGGGCGGCCCCCGGGGAGGGCCUGGGCCGUCCGGGGGGGGGGGGUCCCUCCAGCUCUGAAGCAUCACAGCUCCGCGGCGUGAACGGGCAGGAGACGGUCUACAGGGAACCGCUUCCAGGGAGUCGCCUGCAGCCCCGGGCGCGCAGCGGAGACGCCGCACAGUGGGUUUCGCUGGCUGUGGGUGCUUUCCCUGGUGGACGCCACCCGUGUCUCUGUCCCCCGCACCCUGGAGGCACCGCACGCGCUCGGGGCCGGCAGGUGGAUGCUGCGAGCCACCGCGAGACUGCGCCCGGCCCUCCCCAGAGCGCCACCAGCAGGCCGGGCAGGGAGGGCGCCGCCACAUCGGGGGCCAGGCAGGCUCGGCCGGGGCCGUGGCCCUGUGCGUGCCUGGCCGACAUCCCAUGGGGCGUCAGUCGAGAGGCCCUGUGGGGAAGCGGCCCCGGGGCAGCCCCCAGCAACCGGCCCUGGGUGCGAGGGUGUCAGACGGGUGAGGGUCCCGCACGGGGCGCCGGGCAGGAGUGCGAGGCCCCGACACAGCAGGCUUGCUGCAGACCCAGCGAAGCCCCUGCCUCCAGCCCAGGCCCCUGGGGGCUCCCCCUGGGCUCGGGGAGGACACCACGGGCUGCGCCCUCACAGGGCAGGGGGCACCUGGUGUGCGUGCGUCAGGGUGCUGGAGGCCCGGGGCAGCCUGGGGGGGCGCUGCUCUCCUGGCCGUGACCCCACCUGCCCCAAGAAGGGCCCCGAGGGGGGCGGGGGGCAGCUGGAACCUCAAGCAGCAGAGCUCAGGCCCACCCGCUGCCAUGUCUGCUCUGAGCACUGAGCACCUGCCUGCGGCCCUGAGUGGGAUGUCUGGGACGCUUCCUCAUGGACGGGGUGGACAAAUCUAAUUCAGAUAUUGAUUCUUUUGAAAACACUCUUUCUGUAUUAAAAUGUGGGCACUGGAAAUUCUGGAAAAUCAGGAGGCUGCCUCCUAAAAGCUGCCUCGAGCCUGGAUGUGAAUCGGGCUCCUGAUUUACAACUUGGGGGAAUCAGGACAGAUGGGUCCAUCGCCCUUUACAGCUUACAAGCGCCUGAGUGGACGAGAGCAUGCUUGGCUCCCGAGGACACAAUAAACUACUGAUGUUUAAAGCACCGAUGACCGUGCUGCGUGUUUUGGGUUCAGAAAGUCCUGGGGUGUCGCGAGGGCCCUGGGGCCGGGCGCAGGGUCUGAGGGGGCCGAGGCCCCACCCGGGCGGGGCCUGUGUGGCCGGUCCUGGGGCAAG